CGAAAACUUCUAAAGUCAAAAUAGGAAUAAGAUUUUCCGUAUUUUUUUAGCUAAUACAGGAGCUAUAAAAUCAUACAUUUAAUUGAAACCAUAAAUUGAGAAAAUGUUCAAUCGUUGAAAUCUAAUAUAGUAUAAAUAGCGAUCAGCAUCGUUGUGUUUGUUUACAUCCCAAAAUUUGCAAACUUUUGAUAAUAAUUUCGAAUAGCUUGUAAUAAAAUAAAACCAAUAUUAUGCACUCGAGUUUAAGUAUAUUUCAUAUGAAUAUAUUAUUUAUAUAGGAAAAACAUAAAAUACUGGUUAAUUGCCCAACCAAAAGUUUCAACAUAAAAAUUUGGCAGUGAAGAAAUAAAAAAUAAAAUAGUUGAGUCACCACUUUUAACGCUUACGCAGGGAUAGCUAAAAAAUAGGUAACAAUGGAGGACUACAAAUUUCUUUUCAAAAUUGUACUUGUUGGCAAUGCGGGUGUGGGAAAAACUUGUUUGGUGCGCAGGUUCACACAAGGUCUAUUUCCACCUGGCCAAGGAGCCACCAUCGGCGUUGAUUUUAUGAUCAAAACUGUGGAAGUUGAAGGCGAAAAAAUAAAGCUGCAAAUAUGGGAUACUGCAGGUCAGGAACGUUUUCGAUCAAUAACACAAAGUUAUUAUCGGUCAGCACAUGCACUGAUUCUUGUUUAUGACAUAAGCUGUCAACCAACAUUCGACUGUUUACCUGAUUGGUUGCGUGAAAUACAGGAAUAUGCGAAUUCGAAAGUUUUAAAAAUACUCGUUGGCAAUAAAACAGAUCGCGAUGAUCGGGAAAUACCAACACAAAUUGGUGAAGAAUUUGCUAAACAACAUGAUAUGUAUUUUCUGGAAACAUCAGCCAAAGAAGCCGAAAAUGUUGAACGCCUAUUUUAUGAGAUUGCAGCUGAGCUAAUUGAUCAGGCGCGCAGUAAAGACGGCACAAAUGUGAAUAAAACUACCGCAGAUGCAAUUGGACUUGGUAAUUUUGGCACAAAAGCAACUCAAAAUAGUUGUUGUAGCGGUUUUAGCAGCAAUACUAGUCAAACAAAUUGUGAAAAUGGUAACAGUAGAAGCAACACUUAGGUAAAAGUAAUUACCAAGAUUUACAUAUAAAUAUUUGACGAACAUAGCUUUUAGAAAUAUAUAAAAUUAAGGCUUAAAAUGUACAUGGAUGGAUACGUAGUCAUACAAGUAUAUCGGACAGUAGUUUAUUGGUUUUAGGAAACAUAAUUUUAAGUUGAUCCACGAAAAAGGUAUACUCGUACUAUUAUCGUUUAUACUGCCUCUACCCUUAGUUAUUGUAAUUAAUCUAUAAUUUUUAAGUUUAUUAUUUACUGUAUGUUCUCUAUUACAAAACGUUUAUAAACUAUAUUUUAUGUUUUAGACCGAAUCCAUUUAUACAAAGACAAAAGUAUUAUAUUUACUGUUUUUGACCGACUCCCUUAAGUUAUCAACAAGUACUGGAACUUGAAGCUCUACAUAACAUAGAAAAUUGCGUUUGAGCUGUUUUGGUUUCUAAUACAUUACAAUUAAGGUGAACUAACAAAAUGAGCCAAAUGGAAGCGAAUGUAGAAAUAAAAGAAAAAUUAAGUAUACAUACUAUGUAUUUAUGUGAUUACAAAACACAUGAAAUACAUAUUUAUGUUCAAAAAUCUUGAAUUAGGUACCUUUGCAGAGUUAGACAUUUAAUUUAGCGAUACAUUGAGGACAGUGACACAUUGAUGGCAACUUUCAAUUAACACUUUAAGUGUAUUACUUUCAUCCGUCCUGGUAAUACUAUUUUCAGUUAUUGGUUAGAGUAUUUUAGUAUAUAUGGUAUUAUUUUUUGCCAAGAAAUUAUUAGAACUUAAAAACCCUAGGGCAGUAUUUUCAUAAAAAUUUUUUUUAAACAUAUUUUAGUUAUUUUUUUAAUAUAUUUAGCUUCCAAUAGUGUAAGAACUUAUGGAAUCGUUAUGUGAAACAAUUGUUUUCAUAAAAAAAUGCAAUAAUUUUUAAAGAAUUAAUUUGUCUUUAAAUAUAUAUUUUGAUUUAUAAAACAAAGCAUCUUAAUAGUGCCUGUUGACUACGAAAAAUCAAAACUAAAGGUUACUUUUGCUUUCAUUCCGAUUGUGUCGCCUAUCCGAUUUGCUUAAAAAUGUACACAGAAAAAAUAAUUAUUUUAUUGUGACACAAAAUUUCUUUAAACUGGUAAAAAGAUGAUUAUAUUUGUCUCGUUUUGAUGUAAAUUAAAAAAAAAAAGUUGGAUAUAUUUAUUGUAUUUAAUGAACGGAAACAAUAAUAUCAUCGGGACAUACUGAUGCCGUAUCGGCCAGGGUUGAAGAAUGAAAAUAAUAUAUUUUUAAAUAUUUUAAUAUUUUUUGGAAAACAAAAUUUUGAAAAAAAUUAAAAAAACAUCGUCAAAAAAGACACCUGGGAAAUUGUUCUUUUAACAAAUGAUUAAUAUAAGUAUAUCAAGGUGCGACCUAAUCGGAGGAAUAGCCGAAAUUUUCUUUUUUAAUAAUUUAAACAGCAAUUUAAAACAAUUUAAUAUUUUUGUGUUUAUGAUUAUAUUUUUUUUAUUGAAUACGCAUUGUGUUCACAAGUCUUAAAAUUAUUCAACUCAAAUACCACAUUACAUGAAUGCAGAUCGAAAUAACUUACAGGACUGCAGUAUGGUAUAGGACUGACUACUGCUUCCAAGUUCCUGAAAAUUAUAAGUCCAACUUGUCCAACUUUUUACGAACAGUUAAAACUAUAUUUACUAUGGUGACCAAAGCCGUCUAUUUUAAAAAGGUGCAAAGAAUACUAAAUAAUAUUCGAUCUAAUAAAGAAUUUAUUAAAAUAAAUCAUUACACAUUUUAUAUAUUUUAGCCAGUUUCAAAAACCCAUAUAGGAAUGCAAUGUUCAGUGAUUCCUUUCAAAAGUUAUGUUUCUUGCAUAUUGAGAUGUCUCCAAAUAGGUUUAAUAAUUUUAUUUAUAAUUGCCAAGGUGCUAGUAAAUUUUAAGUAUAUACAUAUUUAGUAUUUUCUUAAAUUAU